AUUUUCUUUAUUUUUCCAUUAUGAAAUCCAUUUUCCAAUUUUAUUUAUUUAUUUAUUUAAUUACAUAAUAAGUAAAUGAGAAAAUUGCAACCUUAAACCCUAAAAACCUCAACGUUCGUCUUCUCCAGUGUUCCAAGUCACAAUCUCCGUCGCACCACCGACCGCCGGAAAAUGGUGAAGGCGUACCUGCGUUACGAGGCGGCGUCUUCUUUCGGGGUGAUAGUAUCGCCUGAUUGUAACAUAACUUACGACAAUUCCGGCAAGCACCUUCUGGCGGCGGCGCUAGAGAAGCUUGGCGUGUGGCACGUCCGUCAGGGUGUCUGCACCAAAACCCUAGCUCCGUCGCCUUCCUCCUCCACCCGCGGCCCCUCUCUCGCCGUCACCGCCAUAGCCUCCUCUUCGUCUUCUCUUGUUGCUUGUGGUUACGCUGACGGGGCUGUGAGAAUAUGGGAUAUCGAGAAGGGAACUUGUGAAACCACUUUGAAUGGACAUAAAUCGGCUGUCACAGUACUUCGAUACAACAAGCUUGGAUCUGUACUUGCUUCCGGAAGCAAAGACUGUGACAUCAUUUUAUGGGAUGUGAUUGGAGAAGCCGGACUUUUUCGCCUUCAGGGUCACCGUAAUCAGGUGACUGAUCUUUUGUUCCUUGAUUCUGGUAAAAAACUGGUUAGUUCAUCAAAGGACAAGUUUUUGAGGGUUUGGGAUCUUGAAACACAACACUGUGUACAGAUUGUUAGUGGUCACCAUAGUGAAAUCUGGUCAAUUGACGUUGAUCCUGAUGAAAGGUAUCUAGUCACUGGUUCAGCAGACCCAGAGCUGAGAUUUUACUCAAUCAAUAACAGUUUGUCCGAUAAAAAAUCGGGGCUCGAGAAAGUUGAAUCCGAUAUUGACAACGGGACUGCCCCUGUGCCAAACAAAUGGGAAAUUCUGAAGUAUUUUGGUGACACACCGCGUAAAACCAAAAACAGAGUUUCUAUGGUGAGGUUUAACAAGCCCGGGAAUUUGCUGGCCUGUUUAGAGUCUGGAAAUACGGUUGAGUUUUUUGACGUGUUGGAUGAGUCUGAAUCGAAACGUAAAGCUAAAAAAAGAAUCAAAAGGAAAGAGAAAAAAGCUGUUAAAGGAAAAGUCGAGACCACUGAAAACGGAAAUCGGAAUGUUGAAGUUCAAGAGAGUAGCGAGUUUCUUGUUACAGUAUCUGAUGUCUUUCAGUCUCGAGAGCAGCUGCUAAAAACUAUCAAGAAGACUAUAUGUUCUAUCGCUUUCUGUCCUAUAACUCAAAAAGGCGCCCGACCAACUCUAGCAUUGUCUUUGGGCGAUAGUUCAUUGAGGAUGUAUUUAAUUGAGGACAUGUCCAAACCAACUGCUGCCAUUGAGCUACAAGGACACCGUUCUGAUGUAAGAAGUGUCACUCUUAGUUCGGACAAUACUCUUUUGUUGUCAACAUGCUACGAUGCUGUUAAGAUAUGGAAUCCUAGCACUGGUUCUUGCCUCCGAACUAUUGCUUCGGAUUAUGGACUGUGUGCGAUCUUUGCUCCUGGUAAUAAGUAUGCAAUUGUCGGAACCAAAAAAGGGAAGCUGGAAAUUGUUGAUGUUCUAAGUGGUACUUGUCUGGAUACAGUUGAAGCUCACGGCGGCCUUGUUCGGUCUAUUGUUGCAACGCCGGAUGGUUUCGUCACUGGUAGUUCAGACAAGGAUGUCAAGUUUUGGGAGUACCAGACUACACAAAAACCCGAUCAAGCAGUUAAACAUCUGACAGUAUCUCCUGUGCGGAAUCUGAAAAUGAACGACGACGUUGUAGCUGUUGCUGUCAGCCCAGAGGGUAAACAUAUUGCGGUUGCCUUGAUGGAUUGCACAAUGAAGGUCUUCUUCUUGGACUCGCUUAAAUUCUUCCUCACAUUGUACGGCCAUAAGCUGCCUGUAUUAUGCAUGGACAUAUCUUCCGACGGUGAUCUGAUUGUUAGCGGUUCCGCUGACAAAAAUAUAAAGAUUUGGGGUCUCGAUUUUGGUGACUGCCACAAGUCCCUUUUUGCUCAUGAUGACAAUGUCGAGGCAGUUAAGUUUGUGAAAAAUACCCAUUACUUUUUCACUGCUGGGAAAGACCGCAAAGUGAAAUACUGGGAUGCAGACAAGUUCGAAUUGCUUUUAACUCUCGAAGGCCAUCAUUCAGCAGUCUUGUGUCUUGCCCUUAGCAAUCGUGGUGAUUUUCUUUUAACGGGGUCUCAUGAUAGAUCCAUUCGCCGUUGGGAUCGUACUGAAGAGCCUUUCUUUAUCGAGGAAGAGAGAGAAAAAAGGCUGGAGGAGUUAAUUGAAUACGGUAUGGAAAACGAUUCCGAGAAGUAUCUAUCGAAGGAGGAAGUUCCAGAGGAGGGUGCUGUGGCAUUGACAGGAAAGAAAACUGAGGAAACUGUGACUGCAGCCGACUCUAUUAUGGAAGCACUGGAUAUGGCCGAGGAAGAACGGAAACGUAUUGCUCAAAACGAGGAGGAGAAAUUGAAAGGGAGAGUUGCUGAUUUCAGGCCAAACAUUCUAAUGCUCGGCCUUUCUCCAUCCGAUUAUGUUCUGAAAUCAGUUUCGAGUGUUCACGCCAAUGAUUUGGAGCAGGCAUUGCUAGCAUUGCCGUUCUCAGAUUGCUUGCGGAUUUUGUCUUGUUGUAAAGAUUGGGUUGCUUUCCGUGAUAAGGUUGAGCUCGUUGGUCGGAUUGUGACAAUAUUGUUGCCGAUCCAUCACAACCAGUUAACCUCCACAGUGUCUGCCAGGCCCAUCGUAACUCUUCUCAAAGACAUCUUGCAUGCCCGGGUCAAGGAGUGCAAAGAUACCAUAGGCUUCAACUUAGCUGCAAUGGACCAUCUAAAGCAAUUAAUGGCUGCUAAGUCUGACGCACCGUUUCGAGAUGCAAAAAGAAAACUAUUGGAGAUACGAACACAGUAUUCCCAAAAAGCUGAAGCAGGGAGACGCACAAAAGACGAAAAGAGGAAAAAGAAGAAGCAGAAGAAGAUUGAUGACGGACACGUUUGGUCUUGACUUUGCAGAUAUUUGGUAUUUUCUCAACUAUAUACUUUUUGGUAUAUAGCAAUUUUUGAUAAUCGAACUUACCGUUUUGGUCAUGAGUAGUGGGGUAACUUCAAUUGGUUUGUUGUUGUAAAUUAUUCUUGAUAUACGCAAAACUGUCGCACGUUGGAGUAUUCAAUGUCUUUAUAGAAUUGUCCUAUUUUUCUGGAGCCUGAAAAAGAUUACAUUUUUUUUUA